AUUUUAUGCAAAGGCAGCAGCACAAAAUACCGAAGAAAAACAAGACUUUAAGAAGCUUCUCUUUGGCCCUAUCGUCUGCUUUGCAGUCGACAGCAGUAUCACGAAGGCCAGAACCUUGGGAUUGUUCCACAUUUCAAACAAAAUCAGUUCCUAACAGUGGUGGAAUAUCAGACCUGAAUCAAACGGUACAAAAAAAAUCCUUUCCUUACAAUGGCUUCCAAGAGAAAGAGACCAGUCAGCACUCCCCAGGGUCAACUAAGAGGGACAGAAUUACAUCUGUCUCACAGUAAGUCUAAGGAGUUUCGAAGAAUUAAACAGCAAUUCUCAGUGACCAGAGUAACCGCCUACAAAAAUGGAACAAGAAAUAUCUCUGCCAAAGUUACUGUACCAACAGUCAAACUGCUCCUGGAGGAAUGCACUGAAAAGCUGAAUCUGAACAUGGCUGCACGACGAGUGUUCUUGGCAGACGGCACCGAAGCCCUAGAACCUAAAGACAUACCCCAUGAUGCCGACAUUUAUGUUUCAACUGGAGAGCCCUUUUUAGAUCCAUUCAAAAAAAUUAAAGACCAUCUGCUGUUGAUGAAACAAGUAACUUGGACAAUGAAUGGCUUGAGGUUUCCUCCUGAUGUCAAGCGAGGGAAAACCAAACCUGCGCUUUCCAGUCACAUGAAGACGCUUAUUGAGAAGCCUUCGUUCCGAAUUUUGGUUUUUAAGAAUUGCACGGGUCAGAAUGGGUGUGAGAUGACAAUAGGGAAGGAUUCUUUGGAAAAGUUUUUGGAUGCCUGCACUGUGAAGAUGAAUCUAAAUUCACCGGCUAAAUACCUUUAUUACUUGAGUGGGGAAAGAAUUGAAGAUAUGAACAAUGUUCCUCUGCUUGAUAAGUGCCUGCAAAAUUCCAUCACACCUUUACGGGGACCUAUUUGGGUCUCUAAGGGAGAAGGUUUCAGCCCCUCAGGAGCUAAGAUGUACAUCCAAGGAGUUCUUUUGUCCUUGCACCAACGAUUAAAGUCUGCAAAAAACUAUUGUAGACAGCUAGAUGUCUUCUUGGAUGGUGAGGAAGAGGGAAUCACAGAAAAGGCCAUCCUUUCUAUGACAACUGAGGACCUGUAUGCAGCACACACAGAAGUGAACACCUUGAUUGAUGAAUUGCAGACAGCUAUCAAGAGCUACAAAGGUCACCUUUCUCAACUUGCCCCCCAAUUACAGGCUGAGCAGGAGCAGUGUGGCUCUUGUGUCUACAAACACAUUAAAAGAGUUCCUGCAAACAGCAUGCUUCCCCAAGGCCUGCAGUUAAAGGUAUACACAAAUGGUAAAGGCACGGGAGAAGUUCUUGUUUUUAUUAGCAAAAAAGAACUGGAGCAAAACAAUGAAAAUCAAGUUGGUGGUCUGAUGAAAAAUUUCCUUCACUUGAUUCACCAAAGACUCCAGCGUUCCUCUGAUUUCAAUCCAUCAGGCUUCAAUUUUACCUCUGCUCGCCUUUUCGAUGAGAAAGGACAAGAAAUUAAAAACCCGCUCUUACUGAAGAAUGAGCAAAAAAUUUGGGUUUCUUAUGGUAAAGAUUACAGGUCUCCCUUAAAUCCCGUUCUGAGUUUGACCUUCGAUCGAGUGUUCGGAGCAGAAAAGGGUGGGGUCACAGUUGUUUAUAAAACGCCUCUGGAUUCUAAUCCUGAUCAGCUGCCUGAAUUGGACAACUGGGAAGUUUGUAAAGGAUUUCCAGUUGAUUUCCGUGGCAUCAACCAGCCGAUCCCUGAAAGACAUGAAGAGGUAGAUGUGGAGAGCCAUUUCCUGAAGAAUAAGGCAGAUCCUCGUAUGGUUUUGUACGCCUCUGUUACUAUUGACAAGAGGAUCGGAAGAUUACCUUCAAAGCUUACUCCAAAUCAGACAGCACCAGUAACCCUUUGGCCUAAAGCUAGCUCGUGGCUGAUCACAAAGGCAGGAAUGAUUCUGAGCCGAGCUAUGAUCCAGUGCUGCCUCGCGAUUGGCCAGCCAAUCAGACUUAAGACUGAUGAAGGCACAUCUCUAGAAGGAUUUCAACUUGCCCUACAGAAAAGAGAUAAAGACAAUGAAGGUCAGAAGUGGAGGUUUGGGAAUGAAGGCUGCAUCUAUUCUAAGGCUCACCCUGGGUUUGUCCUGACCUACCUAGAGGAGCUAAAUGUGAGAGAGGAGGGCACCCAGAGGGAGCUUCAUGGUGACCAAGGGGCCUGGACUACAGUUCAUCAGGAGACUGACUGCGGCUCAGCGGGACAGGUUGUAAAUCAAAGCCUUGUCAGCCCCAAUCUGAAACAGCUUUCGGGACCUUUAGAUGCCCAUGCAGUGCCCGAGGGUCCCCCGAGGGAAACUACACAGCUCACAGUGGCACUGGUGAGGAAACUGGAAGGGAAAUAUCCUUGGGUCUCAGCUCAAAGGUGGGCCAUAAAACAUGAAGGAACAAAUAAGCCUGAUCAGUGGAAGCAUUCCAGAGUUGAAAAUCCACUGUGGAACAACCUUACAUACUUGUGGCCAGUCCUUCCCAAUGGAGAAAUUAAUGAGGAUUUUGACUGGCCAAUCCAAGGAAUGCUGAUUGCAAACAGCCCCCCACUAAAGAAACCAACUGGCCAAAAGCCAGACUGGAGUGGGCCUCUGAGACUGAGAGCCUUGCGGAACGGGGACAAGGAUAAAAACCAAGCAACCGUGGUCAUUGGCCCCAAUAUCUCAACUAAACUGAAAAGGCGAAACGUUGAGCUAGAAAAGGAACUGAAAACAAAGGAGAAUUUAAAAAGCAUUCCCGAUGAAGACGCUAAAUUUGAAACAUACAAAACUGAAUUUCAGCACUUUUUGAACAGGUGUACUGCAAUCUUGAACUUGCCUUCUGCUGCUAGGAGACUGUUCAGUGAAGAAGGGACAGAAGUCUUUCUUUUGAAGGAUCUUCAGAGAGACGCUCUGGUGUAUGUUUCAUGUGGAGAACCAUGGGUCAACCCUCAUUGGUCCAUUGUUCAGCGGAGAAAGAGGCUCAUCCUCGAUCACUUGUCGACAGAUCUAUCCGCCAUCCGGGUCUUCUGCAGCUUGCGGAAGGUUGAGGUUCUUGUUUUAGACGUCUACAGGGACAUUGUGCCUGGAGCGAAGCUAGUUGUACGUAAACCUGUAGAAGCUUUUGGAGAACAAAUGCAAAGUAAAGACCCAACUGAACGGCUCAGUGAAGAAAUUGUUGAGAAAACAGAAGGUGAUGCUGCCGAAGUUCUGGAUUCACAUGCCAGAGCCCAUCUUAGAAUGAAGGCUAUCCAAGCAAAGCUGAAGUACCCUUGGCAGAAACCCUCUAGCCUGUCUGGUGAACAUAUCUGUUAUGCCCUCCAAAAGGAAGAAAAACUCUUGGAAAAUCCUGACAAGCACAACAAAUCUCGCCAUCAGCUGAAGCAUGCUAAAUUGCAGAAGGUCUGCCAGCAGCAGUUUGAAUUUAGAGAUGGGCAGAUUAUAAACUGCACAGCCACCAACCUUGUUUUGGGUGUGCAGAGCUCUGACCUACAUUCAGGAACUCAGGUGGUUUUAGUGGAGAAGAAAUCCGAUGAUACUCGGCAACAGUGGAUACACAAGGAAGACAGCAGGACAUUUCACCUGAUGUGUAAGCCAGACCUAGUGCUAGCAGUGUCAAUGCCCAGCAUAUGCUCAGGGAUUCCGAGGAGUGAAACUGAAAUCCAGGGGAGCCCUGUUGUUCUUCAGAAAUAUAAGCAAUAUUGUAACGGAGCUGCCAAUCAGAAGUGGGGUUUUAUGCAAAAUGCCAAGGCAAUGGUUGCCUUCCACAGCACUGUGCUGGAUAAGGAGAUCACAGCAGCAAAUCACGCUGCAAUUUGCACAGCUUCUGUGGUCAAAAAUGAAGCAGUAGACCAACCAGGAUUCUGUAUUCCUGUGCUUGGUGGCAAGCGAAGGAUAAUGAUGUGUCUGGCUUGUACAAGGUCCAGAAGAAGGAAGAAGGAAUUGAAACCAUUACUUCCAGGUAGUAGGUUCGUCUGUGCUUCUGGCUCCAGGAAUAGAGGCCGAUUCUCACUAGGACCUUUCAAAUUCAUCCAUGUGGCCCAGGCUGAUCUAUCAAUUCAGGAGGCAGAAAAUACUGUGCUUUAUUAUGAAAAGCUCCUUUCGUCUUUGCGGACUGAGGCAUCCCUUCAAACCACAUCUGAAAAUAUUUUGGCGACUGCGAGUCAGAAAUCUGUGAAAAUAAUUGCAUAUAGAAAUGGAGCAGGAUACCAAAAUGGGAAGUUAAUCGUGGCUGAAACAUUCCCCAUGCUCCUUAAACAAUGUGCUGUGCAGCUGGGACUCACAAGGACAGCCUGUAGGCUAUAUACCAGUGAUGGAACCAAAGUUCUGUCUCUACGUGGUUUAGUCUCAUGUGCUGUGAACAAAUUCCUGAAACAAAGAGGCUCAGAAGGAGAAGUGAAAGAUGCAGUCCCUGAUGGCACAGAAAGUGUAACUAUAACAGAUAAAAAACAGAAUGAUGCAGUGAAAAUUAAAUCAUCUCCAAAAUCCGUGAUUCUACAUAGUCUCAAUCAUGUUGAUGAUUCUUUGCUCACCUCCAUCCUCAGAAAUCCUACUGAUGUCUGGGUGUCUUGUGGGGAGCCUUUUCAACCACCGGACGCUUUACAAAAGUCAGAAAGACUAAAGAAACAAAACUGGCUAAAGAAAAGCAGAGUCUUGGCUGAUCUGGAUGUCACAAAACAUAAAAUGAGGCAGUUACAAGGGCGAGGAGUAGCAGCUUGCGAUUUGGCCUGUACGAUUUCCAACAGCCCUUUGCAACCUGUGUCUGUCAAAAACCGGCCAGCACAAACUCAAGAAGAGAAGAAACUCCAGGAGCAUAUACAACACACCGAGGCACAUCUUUCAGAGCUUCACGUCUUUCAAGAAAAAGGAAAUUCUCCAAUUUCAGCUCAACAAAGGGCAUCCAAAAUCAAGGGCCUGUAUAGUCAACCAAGUACAAAGAGAGUGUGGACCUACCUAAAUGGUGGCAGACCUGAAGAGGGAGUCCACACCUGGGGCAAAACAAUCACAGAGCUGCUCGAUAACUGCUUUGUUCGACUCAAGAUGACAUCCCCAGCCAAAGCCCUGUACACACCAGCGGGGGAACGAGUGCAGUCAUGGAAUGACAUAGAGAGGGACAUGGUCUUGUGUGUUUCCUCAGGAAAUGGUUUUAUGAGUCCUGAAGCAAAAAAGCAACAGGUGAAUAUCAGAGCAACGUAUGCCAGGAUCAGAAAGCAGCAAGGCCCCGAUGCCACUGAUAUUGUUGUGACUCCAACAGAGGAACGAAAAUUCCAGACAAAUGAUUCAAAUUCAUUUCUGGCUCUUGGUCCCUCUCAUCAACCCAGCAAUUAGGGAGCUGUCUUCGUGGAAGAAUGGCAUUCUAGGACCUGAGUUAGUUUUUGAAACUCAACUAAAGUGCACAGGGCUGACGGCCAGAAGACAUUCUUCAGUGCUGGAUGCCCAACUGCAAAUGUAAACUGUUGCCGCACCAUCUCAGCCUCCUACGUCUAGACUGGCUGCCUGACAGCCUCAUGGAUACAGGACAAUCAGAUAACACGAUGGCACAUGUUAUGCUGGGCAUGCUGCAAAACGUGGUGAUAACACACGUCAUUUUGAAGUAGCAGGCCACGUUCAGUGCAGGACUGACUCAAGACAGCUUGUUGCCACAAGCAAAAGGAAGAGAAACAGAAAUCAAUGGAACCAUAAGGUAAGAAGCAGGCACUGGAAAGGGAGAAGAGGGGACCCCCACUCCAUAACCAACUAAUAACCCUAGGCAAUUGCCUAGUUUCCCCUUAUCAUAGACUAGCCCUGUCUUAGCAUAUGUUUUUUUCCUGGUCCCAAA